UUCACGCUUGUUGAUAUUGCGCUCGAGGAAAGUGCAUUUCGAGGUUAGAACAUGCGAGUUCAUGGAAUGCGUAGCUCCUCAUCGUGAGAAUUAAUUCCGGAUGAUCAGGAUGUUUCGAUCAAUAAGGUGUGCGGUCUCCACGCUGCAUCGCGUGAGGGAUCAUCGUUGUUUGCAGACGAGCAGCCAACGAUUGUCAGAGCCUACCGAAGAAUAUGAAUAGUCCUUUUAAUAACAAUUAUGGACCGCAGCGCCUGUCACAGACGAGUAUAAAAAGGGGCCAAUGGAGGGUAGGUCCCUUUACUUGGACGCCCAGGCUACUACUCCACUGGAUCCGCGAGUGUUGGACAAGAUGAUGCCCUACCUGACGGUGUACCAUGGCAACCCACAUUCCAGAACUCACAUGUAUGGCUGGGAAACGGAAGAGGCGGUUGAGCAUGCUCGUCAACAAAUCGCAGAUCUGAUAGGAGCGGACAAGAAGGAAGUGGUGUUUACGUCGGGUGCAACAGAAUGUAACAAUAUAGCUGUGAAAGGUGUGGCGAGGUUCUACAAAGCGAAGAAGAAUCACGUUGUGACGACCCAGACAGAACACAAGUGCGUGUUGGAUUCGUGUAGAGCCUUGGAGGUGGAAGGGUUUGACGUGACGUACAUCCCCGUUAAAUCGAACGGCCUGAUCGAUCUGAACGAAUUGGAAGCGGCCAUUAAACCAUCCACAUCGCUGGUUUCCGUAAUGAUGGUGAACAAUGAGAUUGGCGUUAAACAGCCCAUCCAAGAGAUCGGUGCUAUUUGUAGAAAGAAAAAGGUUUUCUUUCACACUGAUGCAGCGCAGGCUAUAGGCAAGGUACCGGUCGACGUUAACGCGAUGAAUAUUGACCUCAUGUCCAUCAGUGGUCACAAACUGUACGGUCCGAAAGGGAUCGGAGCCCUAUACGUUAGAAGGAGGCCGCGGGUGCGAGUGGAGCCGUUGCAAAGCGGGGGUGGGCAGGAGAGAGGAAUGAGGAGCGGCACCGUGCCGGCACCCUUGGCUGUAGGACUCGGCGCCGCGUGCGAGUUAGCGAAGACUGAAAUGGACUACGAUCACAGAUACAUUAACAAGCUGUCGAAUCAUCUUAUCAAGAAGAUAAUGUCGAACUUGCCGCAAGUCGUGCGAAAUGGCGAUCCCGUUGCCUGGUACCCCGGCUGCGUGAACCUGUCGUUCGCGUGCGUCGAGGGCGAGUCCCUGCUGAUGGCUCUGAAGGACGUGGCGCUGAGCAGCGGCUCGGCCUGCACCAGCGCGAGUCUAGAGCCCAGCUACGUGCUGAGGGCGAUCGGCGCCUCGGAGGAUCUGGCUCAUUCCAGUAUCAGGUUCGGUAUCGGGCGAUUCACGACGCUCGAAGAGGUCGACUACACCGCGGAGAAUACGAUACGGCAAGUGAAGCGGCUCCGAGAGAUGAGCCCGCUCUGGGAGAUGGUGGAGGAUGGUAUCGACUUGAAAACUAUCAAGUGGACUCAGCACUAGUGCCUCGUUACUGCGUAGCCUUUGCGACCUUAGGUUUAUGUAAUAGUGUAUAGUGAUUAAGUGUAUAGCGAUAUACCAGUCAUGUAAAUCACGUUAAUAGGUUCGGGCUGGCUAAGGUACAAUUCCAUACGUAAUAAAUGUUUAUGUGAAAACGA